AUGUCAAACAGUCUCCCAAAUGAAGUUAUCGCCAAAAUCCUAUCACGACUGCCCGUGAAGUCGGUGAUCAGAUUCAGGUGUGUUUCCAAGACAUGGUGCUCUCUCAUCUCCAGGCCCCAUUUCAUCGCCACCCACCUCAGCCGCGCUCUUUACAACCCCCAAAACUCAUCCAACCUUGUGUUCCACCAUUUCGACUACCGACUCAAGAAAGACCUAUCACCUGCCAUCCGCAUCCACCUGCUUUCCCUUGAUUCAAGAAAACAAGAGAGGAGUUUGAUUACUGAACGACUUGAUCAUGAUUUCACAAGAGACCCAUCAGAUUUCAUAGGAUCACGUUGCAUCCACGAUUGCAUGAAAGUAAUUGGUUCAUCUAACGGUCUCUUUUGUCUCACCAGAGGUUUUGAUUCAUACUUUCUCUGCAACCCUUGUAUUCAAAAAGCCAUAUCCAUUCCACACCCUAAUAUGGGCCUUUGGGGAUUGGCUACCCAGCCUCAUGGCUUUGGGUAUUGCCCCAAGACUGACGAUUACAAAGUGGUGAGGGUUGUAGAUGUCAAAGGCACCACUCAUUCUCUGGUUGAUAUUUAUACGCUUCGAACCGGCGCAUGGCGCUCUUUUUCGGCCCCCGGUCUUCCCUACAACUUUAGUGAAUCCAACUCCGGCGGUACUAUUUUCAUUAAUGGGACAGUCCACUGGCCAGCUUGCACUCGAGAGCACCAGCGCCCGUUUCGCCAUUUGAUCGUGUCGUUCGAUAUGGAAUAUGAGGUGUUUCAUGAAAUGGCUGUGCCAAAGCGUUUACAACGCGAGGGAAUUUUCGAUUUUUUUAUGGCUGUAGUUGAUGGGUUGCUUGCUGUUAUACCCUACGUGGAUGAUGAGGGUAUGCCCGUGUAGGUGAUGAAAGAGUAUGGAAGAGCGGAAUCAUGGACUAAGCAGUUCGAUAUUAAGUAUGUGGGUGGAUCAUAUGGUCCGAUAGGCUUUACAAAGAACGGUGAAGUUCUAGUGAACUAUGAGGGAUAUUUGUCUUCUUACGAUCGUAAUAGCGAACAAUCCUGGUAUCUUCACAUUUAUGAAAUACAUAACUGGCUUCAUUGCGAUACUUAUGUGGAGAGCCUUGCUCUACUGAAUGUAGCAUAUGGAAU